AGUGCUAGGCCAGACACUCCGAAUAUGGUACUUUGGCUGGGAAUUUGUGUUCUUUUAACGAUAAUGUCUUUGGGACAAGGGAACUUUACAUCUGGCCUUUUUAAUUUGACACUCUACAGGCAGAUGCCCGCCCUGCAUUAUCUGGACGAUUAUGAUCUCUGUCUGGAUAGGCCCUUUGGUAGAUACUGCCUGGUAUAUGUGGAGAUUUUACCCAAUGCCAGCUCUGCUCUGUGGCACCAAAUCGACGAAGUUUCGCGGGACUCGAAGCAUCGUUUUCGACAUGAUCGCGUCUUUAGGGGCGUGUGCCUGGAGACUUGCCAGCAAAGUUUAAAUGGAUUUUCGGAUGCAAACGAAUUCGGGGAAGAAGAUAUCCUGGACAAGGAACUCCGCUCUUACUACGCCAGAGUGCACCGGCGAACUGCGGAUGCAGAUGAGCGCCUCCUUCACGAAGAAUUGGUCAACAGCUGCCUGAAUCUUGAGUUCAGGGAGAAGUUCUCGCUCAGGGUUCGCAGCCUCAUCGAGUAUUGUGUGCCAGCUGAUAAGCAAUUGGAACUGGAUGGACUUGAUCUGACGUUUUACGGUCUACUGAUAUGUGUACUUCUUCUAACUCUGUGCUCCUCUGUCCACGACUACCGACUGAGCAAAAAGAAAGCGCAGCCAACCGAAAACUUCUAUCGGGAGGCACUAAACGGUCGUCGACAGCAGCUCCUCACCUCCUUCUCUGUGUUUCGGAAUUACUAUCGACUGACUCAACCGCAUGACUCGGAUUUCUCGCGAGAUAUAAGUUUCUUUGACGGAUUUCGAGUGAUUGGCGUGUUCGUGGUAAUCCUAGGUCACACGCUAAUGGUCUUCAUGACGGUACCGAUAGAAAAUCCUGAAUACUACGAGCAGUUCCUCUUCAGGUUCGAGACCUCGAUAUUCCAGAACGGCAGCCUGGUCAUCCAGAUAUUUUUCGUGAUGAGUGGCUUUCUUCUCUACGUGAAAUUCACCGAACGCCAAAUGAUUCAACCCACAACUGGCACCAUCGAUUGCAUUAGUGUGUACUUUCGAGUGUUUUUCAAUAGAUACUUCAGACUCCUUCCCUCGCUUGUCGCCCUUAUCCUGUUCAAUGGAACUCUCCUGGUGCGCAUCCAAAACGGACCCUUUUGGCGGCAUAUAACCGAGGGCGAGCGGGUUUUCUGCCGCACCAACUGGUGGAAGAACGUGUUCUUUGUGACGAACCACAUGCUGGAAGACAGUUGUUCCCACCAGACCUGGUAUUUGGGCGCCGACAUGCAGCUAUUUGAGCUAUUCCUGAUUGUGAUUGUUAUAACCAAGAAGCAUCCCAAGCUAACAAAGGCGUUCUACAUAAUUCUUCUGACGUUAGCACUAGCAGUGCCUGCAAUAUUGACAUACGUCUUUGAGUUGGAAGCUAUCUACCACCUUCGUCCUGAGACCUAUCGCUACUUGUACUUCCGGCAUUCCGACACCUUCUACCAGAUGUAUCCACCCUUCUACACGAAUUUAGGAGGCUACUUGGCCGGGUUUCUCUGCGGACAUCUUUACCUGGAGCAGCGUUCCAAAAAAGCGGUGCUCCGAGGCUUUCUUAAGUACGAACUGGCUAUGUGGCUGCUUGUUUUGGCCACACUAGGAGUCCUUUUCUCCGGCUACAUCUUCAUCCGCCAUGACUUUGCUAAGCCAUCUCUUUGGUUGGCCUUGUAUGCGGGUCUGCACAAGAACUUGUGGCUGCUGAUUUGCGCGGGAUUUGUGUACCUUAUGUGCUGCAAGGUUGGAGGAGUGGCCUAUGAUUUCUGCACUUUGCCGGUUUUUCGGCCACUUGCAAGAAUCUCAUUUCAGUCUUUCCUCUGGCACAUUGUCAUCCUGAGAAUAGUGGCUGGAUGUUUUAGGCAGCCGGUCUAUAUAUCCAGCUUCUACUUGCUGUGCAACGUGCUGAGUGUGUUUAUGCUCACUCAAUUUGUGGCAGCCAUGGUGGCACUGCUACUGGAAUAUCCGCUUGGAGAGGUCCUACGCUGCUUGAUGGAGCCGGGCAAAGGUCAGGAAGAAAGCCAAUCGGAAAUUCAAAUGCGUCGCGCGCAGUCAGCUGUUUAGAGUGACCGUGUUACGAUCCAGGGAUGCAUGCGAUUGCCGGCAAGCAUGGCUGCCAACUUUUUGGCUUUUUUUUUUAAAAGUAUUAAUAUUUU